GUAAUUUCUGCGUGCGCCAUCAUGCCUUCUGCCAUUGCUCAAGGGGAUGACCUGUGGGUCGCUAUCAAGCAGAUCUCGCAAUCAACUUCGGAUUCGGAUUAUAUCGAGCAGCUUGUGCCGGUAAUGAAAGAUGCGCGUUACAACAACCAACUUAUUCAAUCCCUUGAUGCUUUCUCCAAGGACCGUGAGGAUGAAAUCGAGAAGAUAUGCAACGCCAAUCAUCAGGAAUUCGUGAGCUCUGUGAACUCCCUUCUGCAGGUGCGGCAGGGCACGGUCGACAUGACCGACGAGAUUCUGGCCCUCAAUGCGUCUAUCCAGGAAAGCAUCGAUAAACUUGCCGAGCAAAAGAAGGCCCUCGUUGACUCAAGAGGCGUGCGCCAAAAUCUCAACGAGGCUAAUGAAGCCUUGACUGCUUGUUUGGAAGUGUUGCGCCUCGCAAACCAGGUCUAUGAUCUUCUUAAGGAGAAGAACUAUUAUGCUGCGUUGAGGUCGCUGGACGAGCUGCAGACGAUCCAUUUGAGAGGUAUCAGCCGGUACAAGAUCGCAGAUUGGAUCGACAAGAACGUUCCUAUGGUGCGAGAGCAGAUAAGAGAUGCUGUCAAGGCGGAUUUGAGUAGCUGGCUCUACAAGAUUCGAGAGUCUUCACAGUUCCUUGGGGAGGUAUCCUUUUACCACACCGAUGUCCGUCGAACCAGGAAUCAGAAACGAGUCGAAGGAGACCCCCGAUUCGCAAAAGCGAAACUGAAUUCCGCCCUUGAAUUAGUGGCAGACGAGACUGACGAAUUCGAUGUUUUGAACAAUGAGGAAGCGGGGAACGAAACCGAUUUCACACCCUUGUUCGAAGCCAUGCACAUCUAUGAUACCCUGGGGAAACGAGAACAGCUGAAGACAGAAUACACUAGCGAUCGAAAAGAACAGUGUAGACUACUGGUAGAGCGACGAGGCUUGAACUUGCUUGACGAAGAAUGCGGAGAUCUUAGCAGUUUGCUAGAAAGCAUUGCAGGGUUUGCCAUUGUGGAAAAGACGACUAUGUCUAGGACGACCAAUCUGCGACUACAGGCUGAUGUCGAUGAGUUAUGGGAUUUCAUGUGCAAAGAAGCAAUUAACCUCAUCGAAAAAGCCCUUCCGGCUGUGGACAACGACGAGCUCAUCUUGGAGAUCAAGGGACGAGUCUCACUUUUCAUGUUGACAAUGGAGAAAUGGGGAUAUCCCGUCUCGCGGAUGAAUGAUUUACUACUCACCCUCUUCGAGAAAUACUCUCAGCUUCUCAAAGCGCGCUUCAGCGAAGACUUCCAGGAGAUUGUGGCCACAGACGACUACAUGCCUAUGCCUAUAAACAGCAUCGAGGAAUACGAUAAAGUUGUCACCUUAAGCUGGUAUACACCAGAUGUAGAACGCGAGGAGCUCACUUUACCUUGCGUCCUGCCCUUUUCGCAAAUGUAUCCACUAUGCUGCAUCGACAUCCGCCAGCUUCUCAACAAAAUCUACUUCUUCAAGGAUGAUAACUUCCACAACGAACCCGUCAUUGACGAAACACUUCGAACAACCAUAGACCAUCUGCUAUGCAACGACGUCUGCCAAUCGCUCCUCGAUCGCCUAUCUUCCCAAUACCCCGGCCAAAUCGUCCAGAUCCUGACCAACCUGACAUACUUCGAGACGGCCUGCUCGGAGCUAGAAACCGAUCUCUUCGAAGCCCGCUCCUCGCCUUCCCUCACCAGCAUGCACCCAGUCCCGCUAGCCGCGACCGAAAAGUUCAAAAACGCCAAAAAAGCAGCAUCCGACCGCAUCUUCGAGCUCGUCAACAGCAAGAUCGACGACCUGAUCGAAAUCGCCGAAUACGACUGGAUGACGCGCGAAGCGCAAACCGAGCCUAGCGAAUACAUGCUCGAGCUCACGCGCUACCUCUCCAACAUCAUGUCCUCGGUCCUCCUCGCACUCCCCACCGAAAUCAAGGAAUUCAUUUACUUUGAUGCGCUCAGUCAUGCCAGUACUUCGAUUCUUGGGCUGCCGCUCGCCGCUCGCCGCAUCUCGCCUUCUGCCGUGAAGACGCUGGCGACUGAUACGCGAUAUCUGUGCUCUUUUGUCGAGGGGCUCGGAAAUCCGAUUCUGAUGGAGAAUCUGGAUGAAUUGAGUCAGACGGUGGCGCUCAUGGGCACGGAGAACAGCGACGAGUUUUUCGAUGUCGCACAGCGAAAUAGGAAAUAUGGAAAAGUGGAUAGUAUGAAGGGGGCAAUCUUACUGGAGAAGGUACAGGAAGGUGCUCAGGUUGUUGCUCAGAGCAGCGUCAAAGCACCGGAGAAGGAUAGAUUUGGUACGUUGGGAAGCAGAUUUGGAUUAGGGCGGUCGUAG